AUGUCACGCCGUGGUGUUUCUCAACUCCUCCGCCGCGCGUUGGCGCAACCAGCUUCGGCUUCAUCUUCUUUCGGAGGAGCCGCAUCGUCGACGUCGUUGUUCUCGACGAAAACCAUCGGAUCCACUUCUUCUUUAACGAGCGGUAAGGUGAAAGUCGUCUCCGCGGCGUUGAAGAACAACAACACCUCCCAAUCCUUCAACAAGAUUUUCUCGAGACAAAUCUCGGUGGAAUCUUUAGGUCCGUUGGAUACGUUCGAACGCAGACACAACUCGGCGUCCAAGGAAGAAGCCGAAGAGAUGGCUCGCUUCGUUGGGUUCAAGUCUGUGCGAGAACUCAUCGACGCGACGGUGCCAGAUAACAUCAAAGCGCCGCAAGCGUUGAACUUAGGUUCCGAGGAAUACAACAGAGGCUAUUCCGAGACUGAGUUUUUGGACAUGUUCAAGAAGAUGGCGGGUAAGAACAAAGUCUUCAAGAACUAUUUGGGUACCGGCUACCACGGAACGCACGUGCCGCAAGUGAUUUUGAGAAACAUCUUGGAGAAUCCGGGUUGGUACACGCAAUACACGCCGUACCAAGCGGAAAUCUCCCAAGGUCGUUUGGAAUCGUUGUUGAACUUUCAAACCAUGAUUUCUGAUUUGACGAAGAUGCCGUUGUCCAACUCUUCUUUGUUGGACGAAGGGACCGCGGCGGCGGAGGCGAUGACGAUGUGCUCCGCCAUCGCGAGAGGUAAGAAGCCGAAGUUUUACGUUUCGAACAAGUGCCACCCGCAAACGAUCGAAAUUUGCCGAACGAGAGCGGACGGUUUGGGUUUGGAAAUUGUCGUCGGCGAUGAAGCGACUUUUGAUUACAACGACAAGCAAGUGUGCGGCGUUAUGGUGCAGUACCCGGCGACGGACGGCUCCGUCUUGGAUUACUCCGACGUUGUCGAAAAAGCGCACAAAGGGGGCAUGAAGGUUGUCGCUGCGUGCGAUAUCUUGGCUUUGACGCAAUUGAAGCCUCCGGGAGAGUGGGGCGCGGACAUGGUUGUCGGCUCUGCGCAAAGAUUUGGCGUGCCGUUGGGCUACGGCGGUCCGCACGCGGGCUUCUUGGCGACCACGGAAGAGUACAAGCGUUUGAUGCCAGGGAGAAUUAUCGGUAUUUCCGUCGAUGCGGAUGGGAACCCGUGCUUGAGAAUGGCGAUGCAAACGAGAGAACAGCACAUUCGCAGAGACAAAGCGACGUCGAACAUUUGCACGGCGCAAGCGUUGUUGGCGAACAUGGCGGCGAUGUACGCCAUCUACCACGGCCCGAAAGGCUUGGACGACAUCGCCAAGAAGGCGCACGGCUUGGCCAAGAUCUUCGAAGCAGGCGCCACGAAGAUGGGCUUCCAAGGGCCGGCGAACCCGUACUUUGACACGGUGACUUUGAAAUGCCCGAGCGGCGCGGAUGCCGUCGUCGCCUCGUGCGCCAAGGCGGAAAUCAACAUCCGUAAGUUAGAUAACGACCACGUCGCCGUCGCGUUUGACGAAACGACCACGUUGGAAGAUGUCGACGAUUUGUUCAAGGCGUUUAACGGCGGCAAGUCGACGGAUUUCUCCGCGUCGUCCUUGGCACCGUCCGUGAACGUUGAAGAAACGAAGUUUACCAGAAAGUCCAAGUACUUGACGCACCCGGUGUUCAACGUCUAUCACUCCGAGCACGAAAUGGUGAGAUAUAUCGCGAGAUUGGAACAGAAAGAUUUGUCCUUGGUUCACUCCAUGAUUGCGUUGGGUUCGUGCACCAUGAAGUUGAACGCGACGACCGAAAUGGCUCCGAUCACGUGGCCGGAACUCGCCAACAUUCACCCGUUUGCGCCGAAAGAACAAGCUGAAGGUUACGCCGAGAUGUUUAGAGAUUUGACCAAGCAAUUGGCCAACAUCACCGGCUUCGACGACGUUUCAUUGCAACCAAACUCUGGUGCUUCCGGUGAAUACGCCGGUUUGAUGGCCAUCAGAGCGUACCACCAAUCUCGCGGUGAUCACCACAGAGACGUGUGCAUCAUCCCGGUUUCUGCGCACGGCACUAACCCGGCGUCGGCGGCCAUGUGCGGCAUGAAAAUUGUUGUUAUCGGUACCGAUGAAGCCGGUAACGUCAACAUGGACGAAUUGAAGGCGGCUGCGGAGAAGCACUCUGCGAACCUCGCGGCGUUGAUGAUCACGUAUCCGUCCACGCACGGUGUCUACGAAGACGGUAUUCGUGAGAUUUGCGAUACGAUCCACGCGCACGGCGGUCAAGUGUACAUGGAUGGUGCGAACAUGAACGCUCAAGUUGGCUUGACGUCCCCGGGCUUCAUUGGCGCGGAUGUUUGCCACUUGAACUUGCACAAAACGUUUUGCAUCCCGCACGGUGGCGGUGGCCCGGGUAUGGGACCGAUUGGUAUCAAGGCGCACUUGAUGCCGUUCAUGCCAAACCACCCGUCCGAGAAGGACUUCGGUGCCUUGCCAGUUGGUGGGGACAAGCCGUUCGGCACCGUCUCCGCGGCUCCGUACGGUUCUGCGUUGAUCUUGCCGAUUUCUUACGCGUACAUCAGCAUGAUGGGCGCCGAAGGCUUAAAGGUUGCCUCUGAAAGAGCCAUCUUGAAUGCCAACUACAUGGCGAAGCGCUUGGAGAACCACUACCCGGUUUUGUUCAAGGGUAAGAACGGCACGUGUGCACACGAGUUCAUCUUGGACAUGCGUCCGUUGAAGGACACCGCUGGCGUUGAAGUCGAAGACAUCGCGAAGAGAUUGAUGGAUUACGGCUACCACUCGCCGACCAUGUCGUGGCCGGUCUCCGGUACGCUCAUGAUUGAGCCGACUGAAUCCGAGUCUAAGCAAGAAUUGGACAGAUUUUGCAACGCGAUGAUUGCUAUCCGUAAGGAAAUCGCGGACAUCGAAUCCGGUGCCGCUGACAAGGAGAACAACCUCUUGACGAGAGCGCCGCACACGGCCGCGUCCAUCGCCGGCGAGUGGGACAGACCGUACUCCAAGCAAGAUGCCGUCUUCCCGGCGGACUGGGUCAGUCAGUCCAAAUUCUGGCCGACGAAUGCUAGAGUCGACAACGUGUACGGCGAUCGUAACUUGGUCACGACGCACGCUGCCAUCGAAGAAGUUGAAUCUGCGUAA